UACUCCCUCCGUAACAAAUGAAGUGAAGGGAGGACUACAAAACUUCACCCUCAAUAUUGGGCUCAAAGCCUAGAAGAGACGCCGCCCUGGCUUUCUGCUGGAACGAGGAGCUCAAUCAAAUGGUGAAAUCCUCCGUGCUCCGAUGAGAACCCCUCUCUCUAACACCGCAGCUCCGCUUCUCGACGUUGUAGCACAAGAAAAGACAAAAACAAGCGGUACAACGGCUUCGCUUUCCACCUUUCCGCUCUCUUUACUGCCGCAGCAUGCCACUCUUGAGGAGAUAAUGUAGCUGAUGCUUGUCAACAUUCAACAAGGGUGUUAUGGAUGUAAGUGUAAGAAAGUGCAGAUCUCUUUGGGAUUCGGAAGAGGAUUCUUCUCAUCAUCGGUUGGAUGUAAUAAAUACAUGGGCUGCAAAGGGCGAUUAUCCCAGUCAUGAUGGAAGAAGUUUCCAGGAGCAGGGUUAUUCAAAAGCUGAUAGCUCAUCCAAAAGGCAUUCCGGCUGGAACCACUCUCCCCAAAAUAGUCUUCUGCAAUCAUGUCAGAGAAUCCGCAAGGAUGUAGAGCGGCUUGAAAAGGAAGAUCAUAAGAGGGGAAAGUUUUAUAGUGAAAACGGGUCUCCAACUUUUGAUGCACUGAGGCAGCAAAGGAGUAACAAGUUCUCUGAACAUGGUUCGAGUCAUCCUCACAGGCUUCCAGGAAGAGGCAGGAGCAGGAGUCCUGGAAGGGAAAAAGGCAGGAGCAGAAGCCGCAGCUGGAGUAGAGACAGAGAAUGGAGGAGUAGAAGUAGAAGCAGGAGUAGGGACAAGGGAAAUUCGAGAGACAGGAGAAGUCGGUGUUCUCCAAAUUAUAAUGUUGAUUCAUUUGAAUGUGAUCGUAGACAGAUUGGAUCUCGAAUAUCAUCAAAGGUCUGUAGAGAUUUCGCCAUUGGGAGGUGUCGGAGAGGUGGUGAUUGUUGGUUCUCUCAUCCAGAUAAUUUUAAAGUCAAGGAUGGAUAUUCUGCAGAGCACAACCUGACAGAAAGAUGGAGUGGCAUGCACAGGAAUGGAGAUGUCUCAAGAUAUGCUAAUAGUGAAAGUGAAACCAUUGAAAUCCAUUGUCAGGGUAACAUUCCUGAUGCCUAUGACAUUGAGAAUGACCAACCCAGGAAUAGUAGAGGUAUCAUUACUUGCAAAGAUUUUGGAAGAGGUAAUUGCCGAUGGGGAGCAUCAUGCAGAUUUUCUCAUUCCGGGUAUUCUGGUCAAAUGUAUGAUAGUAGUAUUAGGAAUGCAUCCUCUGACUACAAUUGGAAGCCUGAUCCAAGUAAAACUAGUAGACCUCUGUGCAAGUACUUCGUUGCUGGAAAGUGCUAUACUGCAAAUUGCAGAUUUUCUCAUGACGGUCCGAUACGAAUCAAUGUUGAAACUAGUCACUCUAAUGACAUAGGUGGCCACAGAUAUGAUGAUAACAAACACAACUUAGUUGGCUUAAAAUGGGAUGACGUAGAAAUGGAUCCUAGCUUCGAUAAGGCUCCUAUGGGUGAGUAUGUAGCAAAAUCAAACCAUUUGGAUGCAGUUCAUACUGAUAGAGUUGACCCCAUCGGGGAUCCUGACUUGGUAAACUCAAAGUUGUGGAAUGAAUCAGCAUGGGAUGUUGGUACUGCUAAGAUGUUGAACCUAGAGAAGACUAGUGAGCAGGUUGGCUCUACUGUGAGGGAAAACUUUGCCAUUGCUGUACCUGUUGAUCAUAAUAAUAAUCGUUGGGCUCACAAUUUGGAAAGUGAGCGAGCUAUGUGGCAAAAUACCACUUCGUGUGAGGGGCGAGAUGUGUAUCCUAAUGUUACAGCAACAAACACUUCUGAAUAUUCUCUGGAGAGUUUAAGUAACAAUAAAGAAUGUAAUGUUAUUUCAAAAGCUUCACAACUCCCAAGCCUGGUUGUAAGCCCAAUUCAUGGUGAAAGACAGGACACAAUGGAAGAUGCUUCCCGCGUCAUAUUUCCCUCCAAUUCCAUUCUCCCUUACGGAUCUCCAAAUCCUCAUCUUGAGUCAUAUCCUUUUUGGGGCACUGGUAAUUCCAGUAUGUCUAAUGUAUUAAAUGAUGUAAACAUCUACAGGCAUAGUAUCCAUCCAGAGUUAUUACCUGAACAAAGAUUCAGUGAAAUUAGUAAAAGGGCUAACCAAGGUUCUGAAUACUCCUCUUUUUUGGAUGGAGCUGCCCAAGGUGAGCCUAUGAUGCAUGCCAUCCCUUCAAAUGGACAUAGUAUCAUUCCAAAUGAUAGUACAGACUAUCAGAAGAAAGAAGCUGCCACUACAUCAGAGGUGCAACAUUUUAGCAUGACACAAAAUCUUUCUGGUGCUACAUUCAGUGUGCCAACCACUCGAAUGCGAUCUCCAGCUCCUCUAACAAGUGAGAUUUGGUAUGAAUCAGGCAAAUCUCAACAGCAUGCAGCUGUACCUUCAUCAGUUGUCUGUUCUGAUUCCAACUCUGGACUGCUUCCCACCUAUAAUGCUGUGUAUACUCAACUUGAUAAAGUGAAAAUUGCUCCAGAUCUGUGCCAAGCGGCCCAAGCCCGUGGUGAUAAAUCUCAGAUGCCUGAUAACUUUGUAAUGCAUGCUAACGCCUCCAAAUUGAGUGAACAGGGAACUAAAGAUACUUUAAAGGAAUUGAACCAAUCAUUUUCCUUGAAUUCUGAAGUUGGAAACAUAAAGCAUUGUGCUGCUUCCAAUGUCGAUUGCACCAAGGAGCAGUAUUUGACACACCCGGAUUCUGUUGCAAAAUCUGAACUCAAUGAAAAUAAUAGACUUAUUUCCAAAUGUUCUGAGGAUGAGCAACAGAACAAUAACCCUGAUAAUGUCGACGUCCCUGGCAAGUGUGAAGUGGUGAAUGGUAACAAAGAUGAUAAGGUGGCACGGCUGUUCAAGAUUUCUCUUAUAGAAUCAGUCAAAGAGAUCUUGAAGCCCACAUGGAAAGAAGGUCAGAUGAGCCGAGAAGUACACAAGACUAUUGUUAAGAAGGUGGUUGAUAAAGUGAUGGGUAGUAUUCAAGGAGGUCAUUUCCCUAAAACCCAAGAUAAAAUUGAGCACUAUCUUUCCCACUCUAAAGGCAAAAUCAGCAAACUGGCACAGGCAUAUGUUGAGAGAAGUCAGAAGGAAAACUCUUGAGACAUUUGAAAUUCAGAAUUCCCCUUCUCCUUUUAUUCGCGACCUUAGUCGCCUAGAUUUUUUUUCUUCCUUUUUUAUCCCCAUUAGUUUGUGUUAAUUAUAGUUUUCUUUUCUAGCAACAUGCACUUUUGAUUAGUCUUUUUCUUUGGGUGUCAAGUGUUCCCCAUAAGCUUAUCUUCUCAUAGGCCUCAGUAUAACCAUUGGGCAUAAACUAACUAUUGAUGUGUUGCUAGUUGCUAGUACACUUGAAGACAUGUUAUGUGUACAGAUUAAUAAAUCUGUUGUACUUUU